AUGUUGAUUGGUGAGCUGAAUAAUCUCAAGAAAUCCAUCAAUGAAUUGAUCUCCAUGAACACGUUUCUCUCCGCCAGUAUCGAUCGCCAACAUGUUCUCACGGAUUUGAGCAAUAUCAAUCCAGCGGAUGAUUUGCAGCGAGUGUUGUUCGAGAUCAAUGCUGAUCCUCGCGUAGUCACCACUAAACCAUUUGCCAAAAUUACUCCACACGGUGCUGUCGGCACUGAGGCAGAAGUUUUCUUCAUGCUUGGUUCUAUUAUUCGUCUUACCAGCAUUCGCCGUGAUGAAGAUCAAAUAUGUAUUAUUCAAAUGGUUUUGUGCGGCGGUGACGAACACGUUAUUGUUUUCGAUGAAAUUGGUCUUGCUGAAUUGUCUCCACACAAUCCACUUGAAGUACUUCAUGCUGAAUUUCAAAUUGAAAAUUGUCAAUAUGGAUUCGUCGGUAUAUCGAAUUGGCGAGUUGAUGCCUCGAAAAUGAAUCGUGCACUCUAUCUAUUAACACCGGAUCCCGAUGUGAAAGAUUUGUAG